CUGUGUGCAUGCGCGGUUUUUCUUCCAAGGUUCGCUAAGUCGGUUUUAGUGGAAAUUUUUCUCUGUGGAACUUUGAGGUUUUUUUUUGUGCUGUUGUGCUUCGGAGCAACUUGAUUAUUUCCAACUUACUAAGGUUGAGUCUUGAGCAGACCUUGAUGACAAAAGUUGAACCGUGAAAAGGAUUAAAAUUGUUCCUGAAGAUACUUUGGUGAGAUCAGUUGUGCGCUAUUGGUGAGAUUAUCCCCUAGCAAACGGACCAGCUAGAAGGGCCUUUCCUGAAGUUAAUGAAUAAGAUUUGUAAAAUCAAGCAGUGGAACCCUCCCCUUAAACCCUUCUCAUUAGUGCGGAAAAAUUAGUUCACUUCGGAGUCUUAAUCAGUGUACAGCUCAAAAAGCGAUCAAAACCCGUGUUCUAUGCUAAUUGAAAUUGUUCUUACGAGUUACAAUAUCGAGGGCUCACGGUUAUAGGAGCAAGAAAACGCUGUUGUUGUUGAUGUUAUUUGAAUUUCUACAAGUCAUUUUCGCCGUGGCAAGAAAAACUCCCUCAAGAGUGAGUGCAGAAUUCCUGCUGUUCAACUAGCUGGGAAGAUUUAUUAGCUGAAGGCAAACAAGGCAGGCAAGCAAAAAAUAAGAACGAACGGCCUCACAUCUGUUCCGCAAAAGUGUUCUGAAAAAUUCUUAUCAAGUGGCUGCUCUGAGAAUGAAAAACCAGUAACCGGGGAAGGAAAAUAAUAGCGGAACAAUAGUGUGGAACAUCGAUUCGACUUACUGACCAUCAACUCUGAGGAAUACCUUCGGAUUAUUGAAGAUUGAAGUGCUUGUAGAAAAAAAAGUCAGUUUAGAGACCUUCAAUAAGACGCCGAAAGAUUGCAGCAGUAAUUAUCAACUGUUUGAGUUGGUGUUUUAUCAGCUGAACGAGGAGAGGAUAACAGAGAAAAAAGAAAAACGCAGCAGCAGCAACACCAAGACGACGAAAAAAAAACAAAACAAGAGAAGAUGAUCUGACACUGAGUACUCGGCCAUAAAAAAUCGGACCAAUCUUUCCCUAGACUCUUUUUAAAUUUAACGGCUGCAUUUUUAAGGCCGAAAAGUCUUUAAACCAUCUUUUGAACUUGGUGCUGUGAACUCGCCUGCUGUGAUCUUGAACCCCGUCCGUUCGACAAAAGCAAUUGUUGCUUUGGAAUUUGCAAUUGAAAUCGAAAUUUCCUCGCAAUGACCGGCAGAAUGCGACUCUUGACGACGAUAUUGUUGGUGUGUUUACAGCUGGGAGAAAUCCUCAGCAAAGAUGGCUCGGAUCGACCCCUGGACUCGGAGGACAUCGAUCGAGAGAUGGGCAAGAACAACGAAGACGGAUACGAUUUCCUAUCGAUCGAUCAGCUGUUCCAAAACAACCCCGAAUACGCUAAGUUGUUAAGCGAUCUGCAAGCUCAUUCUUUCGGCAGCAACUGGCGAAGGAAGCGAAGUGUGGAAAUAGUAGAAGAACAAACGUCACCCAAUGAGAUCUCUCCGGAAACCACUGACCAGGAAGAAGACACCGCAGCAACGGUUCCUAUCGCCGAGGUAACCGAGGUCAUCAAAGAAACUCGGGAAACCAAGGAAGCUUCCGAAUCACGAACGGGUGCGUCAAAAAGCACAGCUCCACUACCUUCGACAACAACCGAUUCGGCAAGCUUUGGCUCAUCCGGUUCAACCGAAGCUAGCAGUCGUCAAGAAGAGCUAACGACUCCAUCACCACCAGUAAGAAGCAGCACUCCUCGCCGUCUCCGGCCGGCUGUCUCCAAGCCAAGUAACAAAAACAAAAACAAACAAGGCAACCAAAACAAGACCGCCUUGAACAAGAUACAGCUGCAGCAACAGUUGCUUCAACAGCAACAACAGCAGCAGCAACACCAGCAGGACCUGGCCAAUUCAGUUACGGCACAGAAUGUGAACAAAUUCACCGUUUCCAAUACGCCAUCGCCUACUGUGGCAUCGACGCCGCUUUCGACCACGGGAUCCACCAUGUCAGCUGCCAACUUUAACUCCAACGCGGCGACCAGUAGCGGAAAUAUGGCGGUGGCAGCAGCUGCCGUUGCCAACGUGACCGGAAACAACAAAGAUAAGGUCGGAUUGGCCCCAACCAAGUAUCAUUACUACCCGCACAAUCAGCACAUCUACUUCCUACCGGAAUGUGCGAUCCAACAGGUCUGCAAUGCGGUCUACGUGCGACUGAACUACACUCAACCCCUAUGUGCCUGCCCACCACGAUACCGUGAUCCCUGUUCGGCGAGUCUGAACGAAGAUGACAACCACACGAUCAAGCUGAUCGGAAAUGCCCAGCGGAAGGCCGUUACCCUGGCGAAAACUUGCGAAAAUACCAACGAACUGCGGGAAUGCCGUGCGCCCAAGGAUUGGUCCAUUCUGGCGCUGCAGAACACCCGAACCGGAAAGUCGCACUACCUGGUGAUCUGCAAGUGUCCCGCGCACUACCGAUUGGAGGGUCCCCUGGCCCAUGACCAGCCCACGUACGCCGGACUGCCCGGAAUCAACGUGUACGGAAUGCUGUGCAUGCCCCCAGAGUCGUACACCCCAAGCAAACCAACCCGGACUCAGCCGGCCAGCUACCAGCAGUCGUCCUCGAAUUCCUACAACAAAUGGAAGGUCCGACCGACGCUACAAUCUCACUACCGUGAUCCCGAAUACCGAUCGCUCCAGAACGCCACAAAAGUCGAUGCCGAAUAAAGAAAAAGGGACCUCCCGUUUAAUUAACAGACAACAGCAAAAACCUAACAAAAUACCUUGGAGGAGACUCUACACUACAUAGAGAUAGCUUCAUUUUCGACAGCCAAACCAAUUAGUCUUUGCGGAUAGAGCACUGUAUUUAUUUUCUUAUUUAUUGAAUUGAGGUUAUUUAUUUUUAUUUUAAAUUUUCUAUUUAUUCGGACUCCUCUGGGCGUCCCAAUGUUAGAUCUGUUUUUGUUAGCUUUCUGAGAUUUUUUUUCCGGAGGACCUUCUUGGCUAGACGGCUGGAGAAAGAUCUUCGAACAGACAAAAGUCAAUUAGUUUUAUUAUACGUAUAUUUAUGUAGACAAAUAUGCCCCAUGGAGACGUUUUGUACCCAAUUUUUAACGCGAAAAAAACCUUAAUUAGUCAGCCUCUUCAUCGCGCCGUGAGUGGUUGCAUUUGCAAAAAAAAAUCCAACCCCUCCGAUUCGAAUGACGAUGAUGCGCAAAUGUAAGACGCUGAUUAAUUAACACAAAGCUUGUUUUAAUUAAACAAAUAAAACCCCUUCCCUGUUAUUAUUAGUUUUAGAAAGCAAAAGUUGUCUCACACGAUGCAGCAGCAAACUAUGCAGCACAUAUCCCCAACUAUUGUAUUUACUAAUGACGACGAUAACGAUAGAAACGCAAUAAAAGUAAACAUGUUGCACCCCUAAUUAUAACCUGUGGCGUCUUCUUUCCACUUCCAACGGGCACAAUGGAAGUUUUUUUUUCUCGAUCGAAGAGGAUUAAGUAAUACAUAUUGUCGCGCAGCUGGGCGCCCUAGUAAAUACCUUAACAGCUAUCCCAUGAAAAUAAAAGUACGAGAGUUGAUUCCGACAGUUUGAAAUUUUCACUGAAAUACUCGUGUCACAAGUGACGGAAGAAAGGGGUAGAGUUUUCCACGUGCGUGCGCCAAACACGUAUGGUAUGUGAUUGUUCUCACAUUAUUGCAACGAGGUGACAACUUCAUCUCGAUGGUUUGAGGAGCUAUCGGAGAUCGACGUUUGUCUGAUGUAGAGGUUCAUUGCCACCUGGUAACGUGGGACGAUUGAGAUAUUUGAUGAGAAAAUGUAAAAAAAACGAUGAACAAGAAAAAUCAACCGUUAGAUCGGUGUCAGUAUGAAAAGAAUUUUUUGAGUGUAUGUCUAAUAACUCCCAAAAAAAUGGGCAUAUAUGAAGUGAUUUUUUCCAUACCAAACAAAUUAAAAGAAGACACUUCCUAAGACAAACAAAUAAACACGAACACACACACACACACACACACACACACACACACACACACACACACACACACACACACACACACACACACACACACACACACACAGGCGUGUGCGCGCCCACCACACUUUCUUUCAAAAAAGUUCUAGGAAAAACUCCGAUCAAAUCAAAUUGGCUGAGUCAUAAGUAACGGGAAUUUACUGAUAUCACGGUGCUGAAGAGUGACCCGUUACUGUGUGCAUAUUUGUUCUCCUGGUAAAGGCAUAUCAACUUUGUUUUCUUUUUCCAAGACCAAGGUUGAGUUUUGAAUGACCAAAGGAACCGGAAGACGCACUUUUGGGAAAAAAAUCUUAGAUGCUUCCGACACCUUCAUCGUUGACUAACUUCAUUAGCCCGGCUUACAUUUUUGUAGCUAUCAGCUAUAUGCUUAUGCUGUUUUGAUAUACGUUCCAUAUGCAUCAUUCUAUAAUGCGUAUGAAAGUUGAAAAAACAAGAUUUACCUACCAAAGUGGACAUACAGACAUACAUAAAUUUCUUUUAUUUAUAAAGCGACGAAAACUGCACCCAUUGGGCGCUAUUCGACACCUUACUCGUAGUUUCAUUUUGCCAACAUCGGUGCAGUUUUCGUUUUUCGUCCAACCUACGGAUUUGAGCGGUUUGCAAUCUGGCAACGCUGCCUAUCGGCACAAUGCAAGAGAGCGCAAGAUUUUGCUCUCAUAGUCUGCAAAUCGUUGCAAGGGACAAUAUUUUCCAGUUUUCCAUUGGUCCAUAUUACUCAAUUCCCAUCUGAUUUUAAACCCUCUGGGUGCACUGCUGGUUGCAGAGAGAACAUGACGAUGGUUCCCAGUAAACAUGAAUCGGCAGAGAGGUAACUCAAAUCGCCAGAGGGAUCGUAACGAUCUCUCUGGCGAUUUUGCAUCAUCACAUCGUUAGAGAGGAACACACCAUACGCGUGCCUUGGAUGAGUGCCACGAAUUAAGCGAAGACACGCCCUCCAGAGAAACACACGAACACAAUCCGAAUCGUGUUUGUAUGUUUCCCUUCGAGACGCGUGUUCGCCUGCCUGAGAAGUUGACAGCUACGAUUGAAAGCACACACGGGACACGGGGCCAAAAUGCGACCACACCGUACGAGUGUACGAUUCAAACUGAUUUCGCAUGUACGCAUUCGUAUUUGUUGCCGGUUGUCCUGGUAUCUCGGCAGGACAAACCGAAUGAAAAUAUUUGCGUUCUUGGAGUGUCGCCGAAGUUAACCGUUUUAUUCUAAGCUCGGUGACUCAAUUCUCAAUUUUUUGCAUGCUCUGUCGAUUUCUGAGAGGACGCGCUUACUGGGUUUUCUCUCUUGAAGCCUGUGUGAGAGGAAAAUAAUUUCAAAAUUUACAAACAUGGCAGAUUUUCUAUCAUAUCCGAUCUCCUGACGUCAGACGACAUUUUAUACGAUCUUUUCACUGUGCAGUUGGAAUUGCGAUUCGCAACACCAUUGUAAACGACUUAAAUUAUCAUUCCUGGUAUGAUUUCAUGUAUGCUGGGAAACUUUCUAAAAACAAAAUUUACAAAUGGAUAAACAAAACCACGUGCAUCUGUUCGUGUUUUUUAGCGAGUGUCGCGAAAAACAAAACAUUAUUUCUAGAUUUUGUUUUGAUUAGGUCGUAUGAACCACAUUGCGUGUUUCGAGAAAAUCGCUGUUGAAAUUUUGUCCAUCGGGAAUGUUCGAGUCGACAAAACAUUGCUGGCUACUUGCUGAUAUAUUUCCGAUGAUCGUUCAAGGAGAUUUAUCCAAAUAACCGCUAGUUAUUUUGGCUGCUUCUGUAAAAAAAAUAUUAAGGUCAGAUUUUUCCCAGCAUAAAUGAACAUUCAAUGAACUUACCUUAACAUACUGCAGCCCUCUAUUGUUCCAAGAUAACUAGAACAUUAUUGAUCAUGAUCUCCGACUGAAUUUUUCCAUUUCUGUACACUUCCCGAAGCACUUUCUGGAAAAAUGCAAAAGGUUGCUAAAAUAACUGCGCCGAACUGUUGUUUUGCGUCUUAUUGAAUGCACGGCAAUUUAGUGCGAUGCAAAUAGUCGUUAAAACCAAGCUACACUCGAAAAUGAGAAAGUCAUUAUGCAUCUUAAAUUCAAAUCAUGUUCCAGAAUUUAUUUAUUGAUCAAAUAAAACCAAGUUUUACCAUAACGUUAAAUACAUUUUUUUUCAAUCGUUUGCAGUGAAUAACUCAAUUUUGUUUAUGUUGGUGCAUACGACCUAAUCAAAACAAACUCUAGAUUUGAUUCCCGCUGCUCAUGACUCACCCGUUGUUUUGAGUUUUGCUCACCAUAUUUUGGUUUUAUGAAAUGAUAGGAACCCCGGUGCUUUUUCAAGCCAUAUUUCGCAUAAAAAAUGCAAGAAAACCCAAUUUAUUUCCUGCUGAAUUCGACAAAAAUGUUUCUAUAUAGGGAUGAAUCAUCCCAGAGGAUGAAAAUCCCGUACAAAACAAAACAAAAAAAAAACAAAAAUGUUUCUGGAUGUAAUGAGUUUAAUUUUCUCGGAAGACAGUUUUGAUGAUCUUCAACAAAGUUGCUUUAUGAAUUUAAAUCACCAAUAGCCAAACUCAAUUCAACAAACUUUAAAUGUUUUUCUUCUUAGCCCUGUUUGUGCCAAAAAUAAGUAAUUGUUAUUGAUACAGAUUUUCUUUUCACCAAUUUAUCAAUGACUGAUUUUACUAAAUCUGUUACAUGAUGUUGAACAUGAGGUAAGACAAAUUAAGAUGCCAGAUUCAAAUUCACGAUGUUUAAUUCAUUCUACAUCAAUAUUUAUAACAUAAGAAUCAAAAAUGCUUUUUUUCUGUGAUUUUUUUAAAAUUUGGGCAUUUUGUUGUUUUAAAUUACAUAAAUUUGCUGGCUUAAAACUGAUUUGUCAGUGAGUUGACAGAUUAAAACGCUACAGAUCAAUAUAUUUCAGGAAUAUAUACCGAAUAAACUGACAAUUUUUACCUGAACUUCAAAUUAUGAUCGGUAGUAGCUUUAGAAAUAUCUGAGAAAGUUUUUAAAUAAUGUCACACAAUGUUUAAGGAAAUGUCGGAAAAAUAUUUCGAUAAUUUCACAAAAGUAAUUGCCACAUUUAUUUUAUUUUAAACAGGAUCUGAAUCGGGAUUCUAAUUAUUCAGAAAAUCUCAAUCUGGCUCUAAAUCUGAAUCGGGACGAAGAUCUGCAGUAUAAUCACAAUCUGGAUCUGUAUCAGCGAAUUAAUCAGGAUAAGGACCUGGAUAUGUAUCAAGUUCAGGGUAUAAAUCAGAAUUAGGAUCAGAACCAGGCUCAUGCUCAGGACAAGAAUCAGUUUAAACGUAAGAAUUAUGGUCUGGAUCUGUUCUGUAUUACGAUCAAGAUCAAAAUUAGAAUCAGGUUUAACAUUAAAAUCUGGAUUUGGAUUGAGAUCACGAUCUGGAUCAAGAUCAAAAUGCAAAUUAGGAUAAGGAUCGGGGUCAGGAUGUGGAUAAAGAUAUAAACAGUCACAAGAUCAGAAUAAGAAUAUGGAUUUAGAUCUGGAUAUGUAUAAGUAUCAAUAUCAGGGUCCAGACCCUGAUCCAGAUCUUAAUCAGAACCAGAAUCAUGAUCAUCAAUUGGGGUUACCAGAUUUUUUAUAGAAAGUAUCCGGGCCGGACAAAUCCGGAUUAUUUUAUCAAAAAACCUGACAAAAUCUGGAUAUCUGAUUUCAAAAUUGUCAACCAAAAAUCCGGGUAAUAUCCGGGCAAAUUUGGAUCAGAAUAAGGACCUGGAUAUGUAUCAAUUUCAGGGUAAUAAUCAGAAUCAGGCUCAUGAUCAGGAAAAGUAUCAAAGUAAACUUUAGAAUUAGAGUCUAGAUCCGAAUUUGUAUUACGAUCAAGAUGAAGAUUAAGAUUACGAUCAAUAUAAGGAUCUGAAUUUUAAUUGAAAUCAUGAUCAGGAUCAAGAUCAAAAUGCAAAUUAGAGUAAGAAUCAGGUUCAGGAUGUGGAUACAGAUCGAAUCAGCCACUGGAUCAGGAUAAGAAUAUGGAUUUAAAUCUGGAUGUGUAUAAGUGUCAAGAUUAAGGUCAGCAUCAGGGUCUGGAUCUUAAUCAGAAACAGAAUCAGAAUCAUGAUCAUAAAUUAAAGUUGCCGGAAUUUUUUUAGCAAGCAUCUAGGCCUGACAAAUCCGAGCUCCUUUACCUAAAAACCUGGCAAAAUCCGGGCAUUUUAUUUUAAAAUUGUCGACCAAAAGUCCGUGCAAUAUUUGGGCAAAUUUAGUCAAAACCCAGGAAUUACUCAAGACAAAUCAAGAAAAGUGUUGAAAUUUUUUUUCAUCAUAACUCAUCAGAAGUUUUUCAAUCGUAUUUUAGGUUUUCAAAAAACCUUUCAUGAUUAUUUUCGUGAGACUUGCUCAAAAAAAGCAACUGGACCGGACCGAACUUUUGUGAAAUUUUGUAUUAAAUAUCCGGGCAAACCCGGAUAAAACCGAGCAAUCUGGCAACCUCAUCAUAAAUGUCCAACUUCACCCACGUUGGAUUUUGAAAUUUCAAACUCCAACAACUUCCUUUGGAAUUAGAGUAAGGAAAUAAAUUUUUCAACAGAUUUGUUUCGAACGUAAUUUUUAAAAAUUUGAACACACAUAAUUAUCAUCCCUUUUUAAAGAUCGCUUCCAAACCGGCACGUAUCGCAUGUGAACAUCAAUGAAAGUGAAUCUUACUCGCCUUGCCUUGCCAUUGCAUGUGCUCGACGUUCGAAUUCGCCUACACGUGUACGUACUUUCGCGCAUUCACCAUCAUUCGCAGCGAGCGAGGGUGUGUUGUGCCAGCAAAUGAACUUGACCUGAACUUGCGUGGAGGUGGAAAGAAAAUCGUUAAGCCACAGGUAGUAAACUGACAAAAAAAACUAGCGAAAUAACAAUGCACCAACCCUUUUGAAGAAGAAAAUGAAACUUCGUUGCUCCUAUCAAAAUGUAGCUCUACUCGUUUUCACAAGCUCUAAUUAUAGCCCUAAUCCUAUAUAUCUACUGUAUCUCAAAAGGGUAAGAGAGUUUAGUUUCAUUUUAAACCGUCUGCAAAUUUCGAGCAACAAACUGCACUAGCGAUAACCAAGCCACAGUUUUACACCACACAAUGUCAGGAAACCACAGAAAACCAUCAAAAAAGUUAAUAGAAAGUGCAACAGAGUCUGCAAACAAAUUUUUACAUGGUGAACUGUCAUUAUUGAUUACCGAUUCGUGUCGCUAGAAGGCAGCACCGAGCAUAAAGCCCACAAAAAAGAAUAGAAAUUCAGCGUGAAUGAUUCGACCUGCAAAACUCAUAGAAAUAGAUCAAAAUAGGUAUAGAUUGAAUGAAUUUAUACAAAUGGUGUCGUCGAAGAAACGAAGUAAUAAUGGAAUGCAUUUCAGUAACAGAAUAAAAAAAAAUGAUAACUUGUAAUUGUUUAUUCCAUCAAUUAAACUCGAACAAAUCGUUGCAUACAUAAUAGGAAAAAAAAUCGACUAGAACUAAACUCGAAGUUGAAAUCUAAAAAAACGCUGAUGUACCGGUUUAUUUUUUACCAGCUUACAAACGAAAAAUUAAAAGUAAAAAUAUAGAAAAAAAAACUAUAGACUUUUUCGGAAAAAAUGCAUUUGAGGACACACAAAACACACCCCAUACUAUUGUAAAUAACCAUUUCAAUCUUUUUCUGUUACAAAUUCUUUCCACAUCAUUUUAAUCUUAUUGUGUAUGAUGAGUGAAAUAAAACACCCUUUUAAAAGCGAAAAACCCUAAAAAACAAACGCAACAAAAACACAGGAAGUAGCAAAAUGAACCCCCCUGCAACAGUACUAAUUUAUAAGAUAUAGGCAAAUGGAACACCAUGGAGUGAAGAGAAUAAAAAAACAAAUUCAGUACAGCAGCAUUGUAGUGAUUAUUCUGUAAUGAAAUUGAAUCCACAAUCGGUGGAUUCGAGCAAAAAAAA